GCCUCUCGGGCCCAAUCAGAGGUCUUCCUCCUAUCAUGCCCCGCCCUUCCGCUCUCCUAGUGCGUUUCUGCCCCUCCGUAAGCCUCUCGCCCCGCCUCCUUUAACACCUUGCUCUGCCUCUCCGCUUCUUUCCCCUGUGGCCCCGCCCCCUCCGGUUUGGAACCGUUAGAAACCUAGUGCACCUCCCAGCCUCAACCCCGCCCCCAAUUUCUCUGGACCAAUCGCAUCCUUCUUCACGCCCACUGUGCCCCCUGCCCCCGCCCAUCUCUUCCUCCCGUCCAAUUACACCUGUCUCUCUCUCCGAGGCCCCGCCCCUCGGUCCCCGCCCCUUCAGCCCCGCCCCCCGUCCAAUGCUGAGCUCAGUCUGCGUCUCGUCUUUCCGCGGGCGCCAGGGGGCCAGCAAGCAGCAGCCGGCGCCGGCGCCGCAGCCACCCGAGUCCCCGCCGCCGCUGCCCCCGCCGCCGCCGCCGCCGCCGCUACAGGAGCAGCAGCAGCAGUCUGCGGAGCCCGACCCCGCCGCGUCCCCGGCGGGUUCCCCGGCACCCCGCGGGCCCGGGGGCCGGCGCGCCGAGCCAUGCCCCGGGCUGCCGGCGGCGGCCAUGGGGCGGCACGGCGGCGGUGGCGACAGCGGCAAGAUCGUGAUCAACGUGGGCGGCGUGCGCCAUGAGACGUACCGCUCGACGCUGCGCACCCUGCCGGGGACGCGGCUGGCCGGCCUGACGGAGCCCGAAGCGGCGGCGCGCUUCGACUACGACCCCGGCUCAGACGAGUUCUUCUUCGACCGGCACCCGGGCGUCUUCGCCUACGUGCUCAACUACUACCGCACCGGCAAGCUGCACUGCCCGUCCGACGUGUGCGGGCCGCUCUUCGAGGAGGAGCUCGGCUUCUGGGGCAUCGACGAGACCGACGUGGAGGCCUGCUGCUGGAUGACCUACCGGCAGCACCGCGACGCCGAGGAAGCGCUCGACUCCUUCGAGGCGCCUGACUCCUCGGCCGCCGCCAACGCUGCCAACGCGGGGGGCGCGCACGACGCGGGCCUGGACGACGAGGCGGGAGCGGGCGGCGGCGGCCUGGACGGUGCGGGCGGCGAGCUCAAGCGUCUCUGCUUCCAGGACGCGGGCGGCGGCGCCGGGGGGCCGCCAGGGGGCGCGGGCGGCGCGGGCGGCACGUGGUGGCGUCGCUGGCAGCCUCGCGUGUGGGCGCUCUUCGAGGACCCCUACUCGUCGCGGGCCGCCAGGUAUGUGGCCUUUGCCUCCCUCUUCUUCAUCCUCAUCUCCAUCACCACCUUCUGCCUGGAGACGCACGAGGGCUUCAUCCACAUCAGCAACAAGACAGUGACGCAAGCCUCACCUAUCCCGGGGGCGCCCCCCGAGAACAUCACCAACGUGGAGGUGGAGACGGAGCCCUUCCUGACCUACGUGGAGGGCGUGUGUGUGGUGUGGUUCACCUUUGAGUUCCUCAUGCGCAUCACCUUCUGCCCGGACAAGGUGGAGUUCCUUAAGAGCAGCCUCAAUAUCAUCGACUGCGUGGCCAUCCUGCCCUUCUACCUGGAGGUGGGCCUGUCAGGGCUCAGCUCCAAGGCGGCCAAGGACGUGCUGGGCUUCCUGCGUGUCGUCCGCUUCGUCCGCAUCCUGCGCAUCUUCAAGCUCACGCGCCACUUCGUGGGGCUGCGGGUGCUGGGCCACACCCUCCGCGCCAGCACCAACGAGUUCCUGCUGCUCAUCAUCUUCCUGGCCUUGGGGGUGCUCAUCUUUGCCACCAUGAUCUACUACGCCGAGCGCAUUGGCGCCGACCCGGAUGACAUCCUGGGCUCCAACCACACCUACUUCAAGAACAUCCCCAUCGGCUUCUGGUGGGCUGUGGUCACCAUGACCACACUGGGCUAUGGAGACAUGUACCCCAAGACGUGGUCAGGGAUGCUGGUCGGGGCGCUGUGUGCCUUGGCCGGGGUGCUGACCAUCGCCAUGCCCGUGCCCGUCAUCGUCAACAACUUUGGCAUGUACUAUUCGCUGGCCAUGGCCAAGCAGAAGUUGCCCAAGAAGAAGAACAAACACAUCCCCCGGCCACCCCAGCCUGGCUCCCCCAAUUACUGCAAGCCUGAGCCCCCUCCCCCACCCCCGCCUCCCCACCCGCACCAUGGUGGCAGUGGGGGCAUCAGCCCGCCCCCGCCCAUCACCCCGCCCUCCAUGGGGGUGACAGUGUCCGGGGCCUACCCUCCUGGGCCCCACACGCACCCCGGGCUGCUCAGGGGGGGAGCGGGCGGGCUGGGGAUCAUGGGGCUGCCCCCGCUGCCGGCCCCAGGUGAGCCCUGCCCUUUGGCUCAGGAAGAAGUGACUGAGAUCAACCAGGCAGAUCCCCGCCCCAACGGUGACCCGGCGGCGGCGGCACUGGCCCAUGAGGACUGUCCAGCCAUCGACCAGCCAGCACUGUCCCCCGAAGACAAGAGCCCCAUCACCCCCGGGAGCCGGGGCCGCUACAGCCGUGACCGAGCCUGCUUCCUCCUCACGGACUAUGCCCCUUCCCCUGAUGGCUCCAUCCGAAAAGGUUACGAGAAAUCCCGCAGUCUAAGCAGCAUCGCUGGCCUGAGUGGGGUGUCCCUGCGCCUCGCACCCCUUACCACUCCCCCUGGCUCUCCCAGCUCUCCCAGGACCACCCGCCGUGCUCCCCCCACCCUGCCGUCCAUCCUCUAGCGCUCCCCUACCCCCCUGUGGGGGGUCUCGGGGGUGACAGGGAAGAAGGUCAAAGGAGCUGCGGGUGGGGGGGUGGGAAUAGGGUUUUUACUUUUAAGAAAAAAAAAGUCAACAAUAUGCAACCGAGAGACGCCAGCAGACACCCCUGGGCCCCUCCCCCCCACCGGCCCCCCAAGAUGGGGGGAAGGAGCCAAAGUCCAGCCCUGCCCCCUAGCUCCCCUCCCCCAGAAAUAAAGCUGCUCAGGUCUCCGAGAGCCAUAGGAACCCUGUCCCCGGCACCUCGUGCAGAAGCGUCAGAACCACGUGACCAACAUCUCGGGGCUCCCCUCCUUGCUCUGCAUGUCUGCCCCGGCCUGGACGCCCCCCUCAGCAAUAAGCCUCGGACUGCAUGCCGCCUUCCAGGGAUGGGCGCUGGGCAGGGGCGGGACCCUCCAGGGGGUCAGGCUGACCAUUUAGCCAGAGGGUCCCCGGCCUCCAGUUUUCACCCCUGGAGGGCAACCCAGCAAGUACUGAUCACGGGGGGGGGGGGGGG